UCCUUCUGAGCCGACCGUGAGCCUCCGCAGGCUCUUCGACAUCUACUGAAUGUGAAUUUCAUCAGUUUUCGGAGUAAAUUAUUAUUGCGUUAUUAUGAGUAAUGUCUGUGACAAUAGUUUAACUUUAUCGAUAAUAUGUGAAGAAAUGUUGUGGUGAUUGGGUUUUGGAAAUUGAAGUUUGAAGUACCAUUUGCGACGGUUCAACUAUGACCGGUGUUUAACCUGUACAGUGUUUAUAAUUUAGUGUAAAAAAGUUAUACAAUGCAGAAUUUACCUAAAUAUCCGGCAAGCCGGAAUUUUUUUUUGUCUCGAAGAAUAUUAAAUUCAAUAAUGAAACGAGACAUGAGUGAGAAGAGGAUAUUCAAGCUGUGGAAUUGUCCUGACAAUUCCAGGGCUCUUCAUCGUGUGUCCUAUCAGACCUUUAACAGAAUAUGUCGAGAGUACAAGGCUGUACGGACUAUGCUCACAAGCAGUGGAUUCCUCCAGCCCUCGAGGUUCCCCUCGACCCUCCCAAGGUUAUUAGCAACAAGCUCUUCAAAUAAUACCAGAAAAACAUCCCCUGGGCCAUCGCGAGAUUCAUCGGGUUCGGAGAAAGAACCUCCUGGAAAUGAAAAUGAGCAGAAAGCAGCUCUUUUCAAAAUUCUGCUCUUCUCAUUAUUUAUUUAUGGAGUCUUUAUUUAUCCCAUGACGACUCUGGGCAAUAGAAUACAGACAGCCCCUUUUAUCUCCUGGAACGAAUUUGUCCACCAAAUGUUGGCGAAGGGUGAAGUCCAAGAGUUGAUCGUAAAGCCAGACAUGGACUGGGUGACGAUAGUCCUCCACGACGGUGCGAUAAUAAAGGGUCGUCCGGCUGAGCAUAGAUUGUACCAGAUGAUCGUUGCCGACGCGACACACCUCGAGGAAAAGCUCCGCGAGGCAGAGGCAGCCAUGGGAAUUAGAGAGGGCCAUGGAGUCUCCAUAGUCUAUGAGAGAAGUAGUACGAACUUGUACAACGUCUUUCUGGUGCUAGCGGUGGUGAUCUACAUGUUGGCUUUGAUGACUAAAGGGUCAGGAAAGGCAAGCAUAUUCCCCAAGGAUUUUUUCAGUGGAAUGACACGAGCCAAGUUCACUCUUGUCGAUCCCUUGACAGGGGGAACUAAGAACGUCAGAUUUGCUGAUGUCGCUGGCCUCAAAGAAGCCAAAGUCGAGGUGAUGGAGUUUGUAGACUAUUUAAAGCGUCCAGAGUUCUAUAAAACUCUAGGAGCGAAGGUCCCCAAGGGGGCACUUCUGCUGGGGCCCCCAGGUUGUGGAAAAACGAUGUUAGCAAAAGCAGUGGCAACAGAAGCCAAUGUUCCCUUCCUCUCGAUGAACGGUUCAGAGUUCAUCGAGAUGAUCGGUGGUUUGGGAGCUGCCAGAGUGCGGGAUCUCUUCAAGGAGGCUCGCAAAAGGUCCCCAAGUAUCCUCUACAUCGACGAAAUCGACGCAAUAGGAAAGAAAAGAUCGGGAUCAGGCUCCUCCAUGGGUGGAGCAAACCGAGAGUCCGAGCAGACGUUGAAUCAGCUACUGGUAGAGAUGGAUGGCAUGGCUACGAAGGACGGAGUAAUCGUUCUAGCCUCGACUAAUCGAGCAGAAGUCCUGGACAAGGCACUUCUCCGUCCUGGGAGAUUCGACAGGCACAUUCUCAUUGAUCUGCCAACUCUUGCUGAGAGAAAAGAGAUCUUCGAGCGACAUCUGAAGGGUAUUGUCCUCGAGAGAAAGCCUGAAAAUUACUCGCCGAGGCUUGCACAACUUACUCCAGGCAUGAGUGGAGCAGACAUCGCUAAUAUUUGCAAUGAAGCGGCUCUGCAUGCCGCCAGGUUUAAGAAAAAAGUUGUUGAUGCUGAUGAUCUUUCUUAUGCCAUUGAUCGAGUCCUCUGUGGACCUGAGAAGAAGGACCACGGGGUGUCACCCACUGAAAAAAAAAUUGUGGCUUAUCACGAGUCUGGCCAUGCCCUGGUUGCGUGGCUAUUGAAGGAGACAGAUGCCCUUCUGAAGGUGACGAUCAAACCCAGAACCAAAGGAAUGCUGGGCUUCGCUCAGUACACACCGACUGAACGAAGAAAUUUCAGCAAAGAGCAGAUAUUCGAGAUGAUGUGUACAGCCCUCGGUGGUCGCGCUGCUGAGAAUAUUAUUUUUGACAGGGUCACCACUGGGGCACAGAACGACCUGGAGAAAGUCACGAAGAUGGCUUAUGCUCAGGUGAGGCAGUUUGGAAUGGGGGAGGAAGUGGGUCUGGUUUCAUUCACUGAAGAGGAGACUGGCAAGGACACGAAGAAACCUUACAGCAAGAAGCUGGGGAACUUGAUGGAUGCUGAGGCAAGACUUCUGGUGGGAAGGGCCUACAAGCAGACGGAGCAGCUGUUGAGGGACAAUAUGGAUAAACUAGAAUUGAUGGCACAAACUCUCCUGAAGCAAGAAACCCUUACGUACGAACAGGUCGAGGCCCUCAUAGGGCCUCCUCCCUUUGGAUCGAAAAAAAGGGUUGAGUUUAUCGACAUCGACACACCCCCAACAGUUGGGAAUGUUGAGGAACAGGUGCCUAGUUUGCCAUGAGCCAUAAAUGGCUCUUUUGUACAGAAAACUAUUGAUUAAAGAGAUUAAUAGUUUCUUUUCCUUCUAAUUUCAUGCAGCCUGAAUGAAAAGUUAGGAUGGGGAAUGUUCAAUUGAUGAAAAAAAAAUUAAUUCCUCUGAA